AUGACGGACCCAGACCUCAACAAUAAGCUCGAUAGACUACUCACUCUAUUGGAAGCACAGCUAGAGCUUACCAGACAGGGUCAUCAAGAGGAACGAUUACAACAAGCUCAACUGAGCAGGGAGGAGACAAUGGACCUCUCUCACUCAGAAGACCAAGCAGGAGGAGGAGAUGAGUCUAUGAUAGGAGACCCACAUACUCCUACUCUGGCUCCACGACCAAGACGAUCAGUCUCAUUCAACCUGGAUGAGCAGGAGGACAUCAACUACGAGAAGUAUGCUUCACUUACUGGGCCAAGAUAUGUCAAGACUAAGCUGGACCCCUACAGCAGGACUAGGAUGGACCCUUACCCCCUGGACCACGAGGAGGAUACCAGCAUCAUGGCAGAGCUUAACCGGUCAAAGCCCAUCACCACCCCCUUUCCAAAGUUCAAUCCCCGAGACAUGGAGAUCUUCAUUCUAGAAGCCGAAGCAUGGUUUAAGUUCAACCAGGUGUAUGAGCAGUCUAGGAUGAUCAAUCACAUGGGUGCUCAACUGGAAGGGACAGCAAGAGAGUGGUGGACCUCCAAGCUCCGUAUUGAUAGAGCUAGAGAAGGAAGGUUGUUCAAUGAUUGGCACUACUUCACAGAGCGACUGUCAGAGCAGUUCAACCCACGCAAUGCUAGGAUGGAGGCAUACAACAAGCUGUUGGCUCUCAGACUCACAAGUGAUGCUCCUGGUGCCGCCACAUGUCAUGUAGAGCGGUUCAGAGACUUGGAAGGACAGGUCAACCUAGAUGACAAUGAGCUAGUGAUUGAUCUCUUCAGAGGUAGUCUCACUCGUAGCAUACAGGAGAAGUUCGAGAGGAAUCCACCUGGGAAGAGAUGGGAGUGGUAUCGAGAGGUCGAGGAGAUCGAUCGACAGAGGAUGCUACUACAGCAGUCCUCAGCUAGACACUCACUUCCAAAUGCCACGUCACCUCCACUAAGAACUGGGUCUCGGCCAAAUCAAAGUUCAAUCCCCAUCCGACAACCCACUCAACCUUAUCCAGCUCGAUCACCAUCACAAGCAACUACACAAGCAACUAUACAAAACCUAAACCGACCCCUUCCUCAUCAUCCCACCCAACCCUCGAAGCAAGGAAGCCCUGCUCCAUCAGGUAUCAACACCUGUCAUGUAUGCAAGGGUAUCGGCCAUUGGGCCAGAGACUGCCCCAGCAGGAGGGUAAACCCUCUUAGCUCUCGACCCAUGGGACCAAAGGUUAUGGUCACCACAGCAGACCCCUUCGAGGAGGCCACCGACUCAGGAGAUGGCCACACAGGCAGUACUGAGACGGGUGACCCCGAGGCCAUGGACCUCAGCUCAUACCAGCAACCCAUGGACCCCGAUCACGAGGAGGAGCACGAUGAUGAUGACGAUGAGGGAAACGUCAGUGGGGUGAUGCACUGA